AGAUACUAGAAGAUGGCUUUGGCAAGUGGGCACUGGGUAAAAAAUGAUGUUUUUGGAGAACCACCAAGGUCCAGGCAUGGUCACGCAUUAGCAGUUGCUGGAAACAUUGUAUUCAUGUUUGGAGGUUGUGCCAAAAGCAGUAGCCGAAAUAAAGAACCAACAUAUUUCAAUGAUUUUUACAUGCUUACAAUUACUCCAAAUGAUUCAACAUGGGAAGUGAUCCCACAAACUGGUCAUAUCCCAAGCCCCAGAGAAGGACAUAAUAUUUGUGUUGUGAAAAAAAAGAUUUAUUUAUUUGGAGGAUACUCGGAUCAAAAUGCGAGGGAAUGUCUACCAGGGGUAUAUUCAUUUGACCUAGCUACGUUAUCCUGGGAGAAAAUAAAAACAAAUGGAUCUUCUCCUGUGACCCUGCAUCAUAGCGUAGUAGCCAUUGGUGAAAAUAUAUUUGUAUUUGGUGGAAUUUAUCAUGGAAGUGUCACGGAUGAUCUGCUUAUGUUCAGCACAGGCAACAGUUAA